AGGACACCGACAGCUGCAGCCCGGCCCGACCCAGCCCGGCCUCCCCUCCUCCCCCGGGCCGCCCAGCUUGAUCGGGUUUCAGCGGCGCCCCUGCCUCGUCUCACCCCCACCCCGGGCCUCCUCAAGAGGCCGGCUUGUCCCCUGCCCGCUGCCCCUGCCCCGCCGUGUGCCACCCCAUGGCCAUGGGCCAGGACCAGACCAAGCAGCAGAUCGAGAAGGGCCUGCGGCUCUACCAGUCCAACGAGACGGCCCGGGCGCUGGAGGUGUGGAACCAGGUGCUGCUGAAGAGCAGCGACCUGGCGGGGAGGUUCCGGGUGCUCGGCUGCCUGAUCACCGCGCACUCGGAGAUGGGCAGGUACGGCGACAUGCUGAGGCUGGCGCUGGCGCAGACCGAGGCCGCCCGCCGCCUCGGCGCCUCGGACUACGUGACCGAGUCCUACCUCAACCUGGCCCGCAGCAACGAGAAGCUGUGCGAGUUCGCCAAGGCCGUGUCCUACUGCCGGACGUGCCUGGGCGCGCAGGGCGGCCCGCUGGGCCUGCAGCUCAACGGGCAGGUCUGCCUCAGCAUGGGCAACGCCUACCUGGGCCUCAGCUGCUUCCAGAAGGCGCUGGAGUGCUUCGAGAAGGCCCUGCGCUACGCCCACGGCAACGACGACAAGAUGCUGGAGUGCCGGGUGUGCUGCAGCCUGGGCGGCUUCUACGUCCAGCUGAAGGACUACGAGAAGGCGCUCUUCUUCCCCUGCAAGGCGGCCGAGCUGGUCGCCGACUACGGCAAGGGCUGGAGCCUCAAGUACCGCGCCAUGAGUCAGUACCACAUGGCGAGCGCCUACCGCAAGCUCGGCCGCCUGGACGACGCCAUGGAUUGCUGCGAGGAAUCGAUGAAGAUUGCCCUGCAGCACCGAGACCGGCCCCUCCAGGCCCUGUGCCUGUUGUGUUUUGCUGACAUCCACCGGCAACGUUCCAAUGUCGAGAAGGCUCUGCCCCGGUACGAGUCCUCACUGAACAUCAUGACGGAUAUCGGUAACCGUGUGGGCCAGGCCCAGGUGCUGUUGGGCAUCGCCAAGUGUUGGCUGAUUGAGAAGGAGGUGGACAAGAGUCUAGGGGUUGUGCAGAAGGCAGAAGAACUGGCAGAAGGAGUGGGAAACAAGCUCCUCCUGCUGAAGGCACACUGCCUGUGCGAGACCAUUUACCGAGCAAAGGGCUCCCAGCAGCAACUCCGAGACCACGUUGUCAAGUUCCACGAGUGCAUGGAAGACAUGGAGUUGUACUGUGGAAUGUGCGGCGAGUCAAUUGGGGACAAGAACUCCCAGCUCCAAGCUCUGCCGUGUUCCCACCUUUUCCACCUGAAAUGCAUACAAGCCAGUGGAACCAAGGGUUGCCCGAACUGCAGGCGAUCAUCUGUGAAACCAGGUUACGUGUGACCAGGGAGCCCGCCCAAGCAAGAAUGCGUGGAGUGAUUCUUUGUUUAGCUCUCAGCCGCGAGCCCUGGAUUCAGCAUGGGGAAGGCAGCAAAAUCCAUCCAGGGGAAUAAAGACCCUGAUCUUAUCUCACUUCCAGCGAGACCUCAGCUGUAGGUGGCAGAAGAGAUGGACCAGAGGUUGGGAAACAAAAACCUUAAUCUUAGUUUGUUGGCCUUUUAGAAACACCAGCAGCUCCUUGAGAUGUCUGGUGUCACAGGGUGGUUUGUGUGUGUGACUGACGUCUAGGUGUGGUUCUUUGUAUCAACGUGUGAGCAUCUCCCUGGUCCUCUGCUCUCCCUGUUGCUGAAGGUACCAGUACUGAGAUCUGAAGGUCUUUUUAUGCGUUUUUAUCAUUUUCAGAAGAUUUUAAUAUUUCGUAAGGUUCCACAUGAGCAAGGAGCAGUCCCUCAACCGGUAUUGUUAAAACAUUUCCUUUCUUUUGCAACAAACAAACUACUGGAGGAAGGCACAAGACAUUUGGGGAACUCAGCGGGUCAGGCAGCACCUGUGGAGGGGAAAAUGGACAGUCAACGUUUCAGGCCGAGACCCUUCGUCUGGACUCUCGACCCGAAACGUCGACUGUCUAUUUUUCCCCCUCCACAGAUGCUGCCUGACCCGCUGAGUUCCAACAGCAUCUUGUGCGUUGCUCCAGGUUCCAGCAUCUGCGGUCUCCUGUGUCUCUGACCUACUGGAGGAACUUAGCGGGUCGAGCAGAAUCCGUGUGUGUGGGGGGAAGAGGAAUUGUCGAUGUUUUGGGUUGAAACCCUGUAUCAGUACCUUUUCCCUCCACAGAUGCUGCCCGUCCCACUGAGUUCCUCCAGCAGGUUGUUUCUCGCUCCAGAUUUCGGCCUCUUCUGCCUCUCGUGUCACUGUUUCUAACAGAGUUGUAAGUUCUCAGUGGGGAGGGGUGGGAGUGAAGGGAAGCCAUAGACCCCAGGAGGUAGGACGGCUUGGGGAAGCAGAGUGCUUGAGAGCUCCCCUUUCGACCUAGUUCCAUCCCAGCCCUGACCUAGUGUUAAAUCCCGUCCCCACGGAUCUUGGCUCCAACCAAGUCUUCGCCCAACAUCUCAAUCUGACCUGAUCUUAACACCGUGACCUGCCCGAAUCAGACCCCAGCUGAACCUCGCUCUAUUCCGGACAGCAUUUCAUCCGGUACAUUUACGCCCCAGACCCUCCACCUCCGACAGCAUUCUGAACCUGUCCCCACUUCACCCCGCACCCCUGCUAGUCCUCGACAGUCCCAGCCCUGACCAGCCACCGGCUCCGAUCGCCACAGUCUCGCCCUCGGCACCCCCCACAAGGCUCUCCGCCGAGUGUUCGCCCCCGACGGUCUGUGCUCCGGCUUCACCCCGGCCCUUCCUUUCCCCCGACGGAUUCCCAGCCCUGUUGUCUCCUGGAGUCAUCGUCUUCAUGGCCCAGCUCCAGAACAAGCCCAAACCUCCCCGACUCGCAACCCAGCCCAGUGGGAAACUCCCCCACCCCACUCGCAACUAAACUCCUACCCUGAGCCUUCACCUCACCCCGAGCUCCCAUUACCCCGCCCACUGAUUACACUGUGGCCUGAUUUCACUGCCCCUGGAUUACAUUGACCCCUGAUUACACUUCACCUGACCCCACUGUUACUUGAUUUCACUGUCACCAGAUCAAACUCUCAUCUGAUUACAUUGCUGCCUGAUUAAGUUCACGGCUGUGAUGCGGUGGUCUGAUUACGCGGUGGUCUGAUUACAUUCUUUCCCCAGUAAACUGACAACGGCUGAUGCUGUUGAUUGAUUGCGCAGCCGCCUGAUUGCACAGCCACUUGAUUACGCCUUUGCCUUAUUGCAUUGCCACCUGAUUACACAGUUGCUUGAUUAAAUUGACAGCUGAUUAUGAUAUUGCUGGAUUACACAUCUGCCUGACUCCACUGCAGUCUGAUCAGACAGUGACCUGAUUACAAUGCCGACUAAUUUCACUGCUGGCUGCUUAAACUGCUACCGUCUGGUUAUGGUGCUGCCAGACUACACCUGAUGCAGGGUCUCGACCCGAAACGUCGCCCAUCGCUUUGUCUCCACAGAUGCUGCCUGACCCACUGAGUACCUCCAGCAGUUUGUUUUUUUACAAUUGAUUACAGUGCUGACAGAUUACAAAUCUUCCUGAUUACACUGCUGACAGAUUACAGAUCUUCCUAAAUACGUUGCUGACAAAUUACACUGUUGACAAAUUACAGAUCUUCCUGAAUACGUUGCUGACAGAUUAUGCUGCUGACAGGUUACAGAUCUUCCUGAUUACACUGCUGACAGAUUACACUGCUGACAGAUUACACUGCUGACAGAUUACACUGCUGACAGAUUACGCUGCUGACAGAUUACAGAUCUUCCUGAUUACGCUGCUGACAGAUUACGCUGCUGACAGAUUGCAGAUCUUCCUGAUUACGCUGCUGACAGAUUACGCUGCUGACAGAUUACGCUGCUGACCGAUUACAGAUCUUCCUGAUUACGCUGCUGACAGAUUACGCUGCUGACAGAUUGCAAAUCUUCCUGAUUACGCUGCUGACAGAUUGCAGAUCUUCCUGAUUACGCUGCUGACAGAUUACACUGCUGACAGAUUACAGAUUUUCCUGAUUACGCUGCUGACAGAUUACGCUGCUGACAGAUUACGCUGCUGACAGAUUGCAAAUCUUCCUGAUUACGCUGCUGACAGAUUGCAGAUCUUCCUGAUUACGCUGCUGACAGAUUACACUGUUGACAGAUUACAGAUUUUCCUGAUUGCACUGCUGACAGAUCACAGGGUCACCUGAUUACAGUGGUGUCUGAUUAAACCAUUGCCUUAUUGCAUUGCUGCCUGAUUUCAAUUCUGCUUGAUUAUACUGCCAGCUGAUUUCACUACUGCCUCAUUACACCGCUGUGUUUACACUAUAACCUAAUUAUUGCUGUGGCUGGAUUAACCUCCCAUCUGAUUCCACUGCUGACUGAUUACACCAUGACCAGAUUGCACUGCUGCCUGUAUGUAUUGCUGUUUACACAGGUGCCUCCUGUACUGCUGAUUGAUUGCUGCCUGAUUCCAUAGCAGCCGGAUCGUACUGCUGAUUACACUGUCGCCUGCCCCACUGUCACGAUUACACUGUGGUGGAUUAAACCUCCAUCUGAUUACAUUGCUGCCCAAUUAAAUUGACAGCUGAUGAUAGAACCUCCUGAUUACAAUACCCCUAGUUACAUUGCUGACUGAUUACACUGCUGACAGAUUACGCUACCUCAUCAUUACAGUAUCCCAGUGAUUACACCACUGGCUGCUUAAAUCCCUCACCCUCAUCCCUUCCAAUAAUCGCUUGUGUGGCACCGUACUCAAGGCUUUCUAAAUUUUAAAAACUCCACAUCAGCAUGACCUCCCUUCUCUAUUCUGUGAGCUACAACUUCCAGCAGAUUUGUCAAAUGUGAUUUCCCUCUCAAAAACCCUCAUUGACUCUGCCCGACCUGACUGCCAAUCUGUAAGUAGUCUGUUACCAUUUGAUAGAUUCCAGCAUUUCCCCUACAACCAGUGUCGGGCUAGCUGGUCUCUAGUCCUCUGUCCUCUCCCCUUCGUUAAACAGAGAGGUCACGUUUGCUACCUUCCAACCUGUGGGAACCACUCUAGAAUCUUUGGAAGAUGGCAAGCAGUGCAUCCACUCCCUCCAUUUCUUAGUCAAAACCCUGGGAUGCAGAUCAUCAGGUUUCCAGGGAUAUAUUGGCUUUAAGUCCCGUUACUUCCUUCAGCAUUACUGCUAAUUCCUUUCGGCUAGCCUUGUUCACUAUUUCCUUGGGAUUUUCCGAGCCUUCCUUCUGUGGAGACGGUCACAAAGUACUUGUUUAAUUUCUCCAUAAUUUCAUUAUUCUCUGGUAUAAUUUCUCCUGUCGCAGUCUGUAAGGGACCUGCAUUCAUUUUUUUGCUGAUCAAUUACUCUUUACAUAUCUAUAGAUGAUUUUAGUCUGUUUUUAUGCUUCUUGCUAGAUUAUACUUGGAUCCCACUUCCCAUUACUAAUCUCUAGGUCCUCCUUUCCUUCCUGAAACUUUUCCCAAUCCUCAAUUUACUGCUCAUGUUGGUGACAUUUUUCUGUUGAUCUAACACUGUUGUAUAACUAGCCAAUAGCCACAGCCGGACCACUUCUCCUGUUGGGAUUCCGUGCCCUAAAGAGAGAGCUACUUGUUGUAGGCCAUGUGUGUUAGCCAAAGCUACUUUACCUGACAUUGCUGUUUUGCAAUCUACCACAGUUGCCUUAUAGUUUGCCUUAAUAAGAGUUAAAAUGCUGGUUUCAGAGUGAACAAAAUCACUUUCAGUCUUGAUAUAAACUGUUAUCAUAUUAUGAUCACUCUUCCCCAAAUUAAUUACCCAUUUUCCAUUGCCCAAUACCAGAUCUAAAAUUGCCUGCUCCCUGAUUGGUUUCCCCCAUACAGUGAUCUGGAAAACCAGCCCUUGUGUUGGUUUGCUUGGUUUACCUGUAAAUUAAAUCCUCCAUGAUUACAUGAGCCUUUAAGUUGCUGACUUUUGCUAAGCCCUAAGUUAGAGCUGACAUUUUGGGGCUUCCCCACCAAUGUUUUCUGUCUCUUAGCUCCACCCCAAACCGAUUCUACAUCUUGACUUCCGUCGAUCCUUCCCCGCUAUGGCCUUUAUCACAUCCAUUACAAUCAGAGCAACGCCUCUUUUCUACUCGCCCAUCACUUCUCGGGCGGCAGCGUGGUGCAGCGAGUAGGAUCUGCCGCCUCCCGGCCCCAGAGACCCGGGUUCAAUCCUGACCCCAGGUGCUGUUGCACAUUCCCACUGUGACCGCGUGGGUUUCCCCUGGGGGCUCCGGUUUCCUCCCACAUCCCAAAGACGUGCGGGUUGGUGGGUUAAUUGGUCGCUGUACGUUGCCCCGAGUGUGCGGGCGAGGGGUGGGAUCUGGGGUGUCGGGAAUGUGGGGAGAGUAAAAAAUUGGAAUAAUGUAGGAUUGGUGUAAAUGGGUGGUCGAUGGUCAGCACAGACUCAGUGGGCUGAAGGGCCUGUUUCCAUGCUGUACCUCUGUGACUUUCUAAAAGUCACGUUUCCUGGAAUAUUUAAUCCCCAUCUUUGUUCACUAAAAAACCACGUCUCUAUAAUGGCUUUUAAAUGGUAACCACUUAUUUCCAGUUCUGUGAUUAACUCAUCCAUCUUGUUAUAAUUGAUGUGACCUUACAGGUAACGAAAGAGCCUUCAAUAAUACCUUUAUAUGGUCUUCCUUGCUGUGACACUAAAUGUAAAAGGCACGGAAAAGACACUAAAAAGUACCUUUAAAAAGAA